CAUCACUCUACCGAUCCAUGAAGCAAGUGCAACAAUCCAAAUGCUGUUCACAGAAGACUCUGUCAAGUUGAUGGGUAUGUGAGGAAUUAAAAAAAGAUGAGAUUUUUCACCCUAGGAAUAGCUGUUGCUGCAUAUAGGAACUUGGGUUCAAAGGGUUAUUCUUCAAAACCCUCGUAUGGGUCUUACACUAAGUACAAGAACAAAGACAAGACAACCACCGAGAGAAAACAACGUAAGAAUAAGAUUCAAUGGACAGAGGAGCAGAAGAGUGUGUUGUCUGCUGUGACACAGGGGAGUAGUGUGUUCAUCACAGGUUCAGCUGGGACUGGAAAAACCAAAUUGCUCAUGGAGGUUGUGAAGUUGCUUAAGAAAUUGCACACCCGAUCUAAGGUUUUUGUCACAUCGUCAACUGGGGUUUCAGCAUUUGCCAUAAAGGGCCAAACUUUACACUCAUUUAUUGGGAUCCAUGACACCACCAACUGUGGCCCUGCAAAGUUGUUGGAUAUGAUUAUGGGCAAAGGGAGGGCAAUCAGAAGGUGGGAAAAGGCUGAGGCUUUGGUCAUAGAUGAAAUUAGCAUGGUGGAUCCAAAGCUGUUUGAUGGCCUAGAGUUUGUUGCCAGAAAGUUUAAGGGUGUGGAUGAGACAUGGGGAGGAAUUCAGCUGGUUGUGGUUGGGGAUUUCUGCCAGUUGCCCCCUGUAGAUAAGAAUUCGAAGCAUGUGAGUUAUGCUUUCGAAGCUGCUUGUUGGAACAAUAGUUUUGAUUUGCAGAUAGAGCUUACUAAAAUCUUCAGGCAAUCAGAUUCACGGUUUAUAGAGUUGCUUCAGGCCAUAAGGAGAGGGGAGAGUAAUCACCCCGACUUGGCCUACCUGGAGGAGUAUUGCUCCAAGACCGAGUGUGAUCCCUCAGCGGUGCAGCUUUUCUCACUGAAUAAAGCUGUGAAGAGGGUGAAUGAGAAGAAGCUUAAAGCCUUGAAAAAGGAUGUUGUUGUUUAUAGAGCUAUUGAUAGUGGUGACGAUCGUAGGAAGGAUCAUUGGAAGAAGCAGUUUCAGCAUGGGAUAGCACCUGAUACAGUCACCAUUUGCGAAGGUGCAAGAGUUAUGUUGGUCAAGAAUUUGCAUACCUGGAAAGGGUUGGUGAAUGGAGCAACAGGUACGGUUGUAGGGUUUGUUGAGGCAGUGGAUGUUGCUGACAUGUGCUCUGAUAAACGGCUUCCAAUAGUUGAAUUUGAUUCAGGAAAAGUUUCGAUCAUUAAACCAGUAGUGUGGCAUGUAAAGGAUGGAGAUGAAAUUGUUGCUAGCAGGAUGCAGAUACCACUUAUUCCAGCAUGGGCUCUGAGCAUCCACAAGUGCCAGGGAAUGACCCUAGACAAAGCUACGAUUAACUUGUCACAAGCAUUUGGCUGUGGAAUAGUUUAUACUGCACUUUCUCGUGUUAAGUGCUUGGAUAAUCUUCAUCUAUCUGGUUUUAAGCGCUCGUUGAUUCUAGCAGACUGUAGGGUUUUACAGUUCUAUAGAAAGUUGGCUUUGCCGCAUAAUAGCCAAGAUCUAGACAAUAGUUGCGUUGAGAAUAAAGAUAGCUCAACUAGCAUAACUAGUCAUUCAGAGAAGCCAGGCAUUGCAGAAAAUAUUUGCAAUUUUUCACUUGCUGUUUGGGUAGCACAGCGUCUGAAAAGAUCAUGAGGAUGGAUUUUACUUUCUGUUCCUUAUCUAUCCUUUGGUGCUUUAGUGAAUUGUCAUGAUAGUAUAUCAUACAAAUUUGAGUCAUAAGUGAACUAUUGCUUUGCUUCGGUAGGUGCCGAGAUUGUCUUUGCCAGGAUUUGUAGGAGAAAGAACUUUGUUGUUUUAUUUUUUCACUUAAAGUGAGAAGAAAGCUUGGCAAAUGGCAAUGCUAGACCUUUCAUUCUUCCUGGUCAAGUGAAGAUUAUCAUUAUCAGGUAUUUUAGUGCACAGGUAUCAUUGAUAUCUUCUUUUGUAAGUAAAUGAAAGUUUUCCAAUUCAUUAGCAUUCAUUUUUAAUAUGAUUUCUAUAUGUUUUAUGCUUAACUUUCUGAUAAAGAAAAGGAAAAACCAAAGAAUGAAAGUGAACUUGUGUUGGUUAUAAGUAGACAAAGAUACAAUUCAAUGAUAACUCAAUCGCCAGUUCUAAAUAUAACUGGUGGAUGCAAACAUAUAAUGCCUUGUGCUUUGUCAGAAGUCUCAAUCCAGUUUCUACUUAAUUUAGUCUUUCAAUUG